UAUUACAGCAGUUUGUAGACACCCCUGUAGAAAAUGACAUGAUGAAAUUCAAAGAUGUUAUUUUCAAAAACUUUUACAAGUUUGACCAAUGGUUUGAAAAUCAGUGGUCUGAAAUUGAAAACAUUGGACUGCAUUCAUUUCCUGAGGGUAAAAUCAAAUUCACCCAAGCAAACAGAAAUACUUUCUUUACAACAUUUAAUAAGUACUUAAAUUCAGAUGAGUUUGAACAAAGUGUUAUGAAUCUUUUGCAGUUUUAUUGCCAGAACUUGAAUGGACCUCAUUGUAGACUUCUGACAUCCGUUCUAUUUUACUUGGAAGAAAACUUCUUUCUCAAUCUGUCUCCUCAUCUCCAGUUGUCAGAUCCCAUACCAUUGAAAAAACCAUCAGCAGAAUGUGAACUGGAUACCAGUGGAAGGGGCAAGCUGCGUUAUCUAUGGGUUCAGUGUGUUAUAGAUUCCAGAAAAUGCACUACAGAAGAAAUGGACUCAGAUAUUUCCAAGCUUCUGUAUGGAAUGGGCCCAGUGGAGUUAACCAGUCUUCAGUUACUGUUGACCCUCCUGAUUCAGCACCUGUUCUUUCAGAACCUGAAACAAGUCAAGCAAAAAUGAAUAGGACCUCUAGAAGGCGAGGAAAAGGGAGAGAUAAAC